CUAAGAGUUAUCAGUUGUAAACCACUUUAUCAAAAUUUGAAAGCUAUGCAGAAUAAUAAUAGACAGGUUGGUAAGAUUGCGAAAAGGCGGGCAGCAGACGCGAAAUACCCGAGGUUGUUUGGCUGUUUCCGAGCAACCUAUUACAAAAGGUUGAGGAAAUUAAAAGCACAGUUUAUAAAGAAGUGUCAGUUACCGAGCUGUGACGAAGAGACAGACAAUCCAGUUGUCUUCACAGAAUCGCGUACUAACGUAGCUACAGAGCAGUGGGCUAAUAUAGUCACAGAUACAGCUACUGCUUCAUGUAGUUACGUUCAGUGUUCAGACAACACAAUCAGUGGUAGUAUCUGUUUAAUUAUUAAAAUCUUCAGCCGUUCAUCUCUUGAUGAGAGAACAGUUAGCCAGAAUGGUCAUUGAAAUGAUGAAAGGUAGUUAUAUAAGCAUAAAGAAGGUUGACCAAAUAUUGGACUUUUUUCGUACGCGGUAUCCAGAACGUCCAACGUCCGUCCGGAGUGUUCUACGUCGAUGCAACGACGUGGAGCCUAAGAUUCUAGAUUCUGGAACGUAUUACCACUUGGGAUUGAAAUCAAGUCGUUUGAGAAUUUCAGAACAUUGUCUACGGAGAAUCCGUUUCAACGAACUUCAGUUGCAGUUAAACUACGACGGUCUAAGUUUGUUCAAAAGCUCUAACCAACAGCUGUGGCCGAUCCUAGGUCGCAUAGUAGCUCCACUAGUUAGUAGUGUUUUCGUAGUUGGGAUCUACGGUGGUGAAGUAAAACCAUCUGAUUUCAACGACAUGCCAGCAACACUUAUAACAGAGUUACAGGAGUUACUGAUACAUCAAAGUGGAAAGUACAUCUUAGUUGACGAUAAGGAGAACAAGCAAGUGGUCUGCAUUCCUAACAAAUGGCUCCUGAACAACAACCAUUACGUUUAUCGGGAUGAUGUUAAUGAGCAGGACAUUAUUGAGGGUGUCGAUUUUGGUAAUCGAUUCUGCGUCAGGAAAUGCACCGUUAUACAUCGUUGUGACAACUACAGUGUUGCCCAGCAAAUCAAAGUGUGUUUAACAACAGCAUUGGGCUACAAUAAUAAUAACCUUAGUAGAAACGAUGAAACACAGCCCUGUGAAGCCGAAAAGCCAAAGAGAACUGUCAAACGAAAGCACAAGAUUUAUCUAUGCACCUCUGAAGAACUAGAGGUUGCUGAGGUUGAGGCUGGAUUUGCCCCGGUGGGAUUUCCAGUCGUCAACAUUUUAACAGGAACCUUUUCUCCGAUUGCGAGUUCAUCAAAAGCUGACGUAUCAUCACUACCACUUCCACGUUCGUCGACGGAAGUUGAUAAACCUUUGUGCGAUGAUACAAACAAAAUGUUAAGAACGCUCCUGAAAUCGGUCAGUGAGCUGUCUACGAAAAUAGACAAAGUCCUAAUUUUGUGUGAACGCUUAGCCAUGGGUGUAACCGACAGGCGUACAGAGGGAAUGGAUAGUGAUGCUAUACAUUUCCCAUUAAGAACGCAUGAGGAGUUGCGUUCUUUAGAGGCAGCUUUAGAAAAUCAAAAAUACCGAGAUCGUUUCGUGGCAAGAUUAUGCAACCUAAUGUGUGACAAUACUCGGAAAUCAGCUAAAGCUUGUCUUCAAUACCUCCUGUCGCCGGAACUCGCGAAUACUUACACUUUGCACGGAACCAGAAGAAAAUCCGGGAUUAGUAAAUACAGAUUUUACUCCACGGUUCAAAGUGCUUUGUGUUCACAUUUCCGGAGUGCGACCUGUUCGGAAAAGGAGAUCACGCACGCCAUGGCUGCAGCAAUCCAGGCCUUCUUGCAUGACGUAAGAGAUAAAGUGCAUAAACGUGGAUGGCGAUCCAAAGAAAGGCUGGCUUCGCAGGCUUUAUCAGACGUAACUAAUAUUAUCAAUGACAGUUCUACGUCUACGUAAGGUGUUGCUGUUACAACGCAAUGUAAAACUUUGUAUAAAUGAAUCAUUUGUAAUUUUAUUAACUUUAGUAAAUAUUUAUAUAUCUCAUAAA